AUGGAAAUUGCGGCUAUGGGCUUGUUUUGGCUCAAGGUUGGGCAAGGGAUGAAGAUUGAUUUCUCGGUUCUGCCUGGAGCGAAAUCGGGCUGGGAGGAUGGAUGUGAGUUUAUGCGCGAGUUGGAGGUGUGGAGUGAUGCGUAUGAGGAAAAGUAUAUGGUGCCUUCGCAGAGCAAUAAGGAGACUGCGGAUCAUACGACCGAAUUGUUGUUGUAUCCUGUUCCUGCUGCUUUCAAGGAUGCUGGGCGGAGAGUUGUCAGUGCCUUGAUGGAUAAGCGCUUGAGGAGAGCUAUGCUGUAA